UCAAUCUAUUAUUAUCAGAAUGGCGAACAAGGAGGAAGAAAUGGAGGUUGACGAGAGUGAAGUUAUGGCAAUACAACAGCGAGAAUACUAUGACCACGACACCGCCAUCCCUGACCAGGACCAAGUCCUGAAUAAAGCAGGGAAAUUCGUAUUUCAAACAGGGCUGGAAGCUGACUUGAUCCAUUUUCUCCGAUUUGGUCAAAGAGGGAAUUUGUACACUGCUAAGUAUCACAAGAUAAAUCUACAAGACGCCGAAUGUGUCACAGAAUUAAUCAAAAAGGGAUCGGGAAUGCAGGCAGUAGCAAUAAUAAGACAAUUCAGUGACAGAAAUCUCGCUUACAAGCAGGAAUACCCAAUAUACGCUCUGGCAAUAUGCUGCAGGUCGUCCGAUCUAAACACAAAACGUGCAGCCUACGAUUCUCUUUCAUCUGUUUGCAGAAUCCCAUCACAUUUAUUUAGUUUCAUUAAGAAUUGCCAGGAAAUCAGUAAACAGACAUCGAAAGAUCACACUUCUGGAUGGGGAAGGGCACAUCGACAGGCAAUAAACGACUGGUACAUACGACAUGGAGCAGAUGAACAUACGCUGCGUCGUCUGGCUUCUCAUUUGACCAAAUAUGGAAAACGAAGUGGCUGGACUCAUCGAAGUGUCCUUCGUCGUGCCCAUGUCAAAGUAAAUAAAAAUUACCCUCAAUUGAAUGUUAAAAAAGACGAUCCUGCUUUGAAGUAUCUUAUUAUGCUUGCUACAAAGGGCAAAAAAUUUGCUGACGGUAAUGCUUUCACCAUAGCUGAACAAAAGAAAGAAGAUUAUGGAUCAUCAGCUUUGGCGAAGGUCAAAUCUUUCAUCGAUCACGUCGAGGAAGCAAGGACAUCAGAGAAUGCAGAACAAGUUCGUCAACUAAUUUUGAGGCACAAAUUAACUAGAGAACACAUCUCCAAUCGGUUUUUAGGUGAUAAAGAAGUUUGGAAGGCCCUUAUUCGUCAUAUGCCAUUGACUGCUGUGAUUCGUAAUUUAGGGAAAAUGUCAAAGUUAGGAUGCUUUGAAGAACAAGACUCAUUUGAGGAAAAUUUAGUCCUGGGUAAACUAAAAAAUACGGAGCUUAUAAGCAAGGCAAAUGUUCAUCCAAUCACAUUUCUAAUUGCACGAAAUCAGUACAAAACUGGACAGAGCAGAGAAAGAACAGUUUCAAAAAAUAGAAAAGGCAGGGCGGCUUUAAGCUGGACAGUUUCACAGAGAGUUAUUGAAGCUCUAUGGCAAGGUUUUAUCAUCGCUUGUCGUAGAUAUACCUCCACAAAUAAGAAUAUUCUGUUGUCUGUGGAAGUAGGCAAGUCUUUGGAGGAUAAGUUACCAAUUUAUGUUAGAGGAAUGGAAUCACUUCAGACAUUAGAUGUCGCGAUGACCAUGAUAAAAGUAAUGAAACAAAUUGAACCAAGCUGUGAGGUCAUUGUAUUUACAAAGAGUGGUGUGGCUUUGCCCGUUGAUUCUUCCCAGUGUCAUGAUGAUAUUUACAGAAUGAUACAAGAAUCCCCAGUGUCUGACGGAUCCCUGUCCUUCAAGUACGCCCUGCAAAACCAAAAAUAUAAUUACGACGCUUUUAUCAUUCUAACGGAUUCUGAAUGGUCAUCUUCAGAAAAUGUCCACCCAUCAGAUGCGUUUAAAACCUACUGCGACGCAGUGGAAGCAAUAAGGGAAACCAAACCUAAACUAGUAGUCUGUAAUAUGGUGCCCUCUAAAGUCACCAUUGGAGACCCGAAAGAUCGCAGCACUUUGACCAUCAAUGGUUUUGACUUGCACGUGCCAAGAAUCAUAAAUGACUUUAUUGCAGCAGAUGAGUGAUACUGAAAAUCUAUCAACUAUCUUAAUCGUGUCCACAUGGGUUUUAAAACCUAUUUCAAAUUUAUUUGUGUAUAUUUCAGAUAUAAUGUGAAGUAAGCUUACAGCUAAAAAAAAAACUGUAAGGUCUGCAUAUCUCAACACCUCUUAUUUGUUAGAAUUUGCAGCCCCCAGACCCCCUACCUUCUACUGCGUCCCCCGUUAUGAAAUUCCUGGAUACGCUGCUGUAUA